AUGAUCAUCUGGUUCGUGCCGGUGCUGGGAGCUGGAGAUAUGACGACCCAGAAGUCACUUAUCCGUGAGUCCAUGUCUCGCGCGGCCGGCCACUUCUUACUUCACACAUACCACGCCGUGAUUGUCAACGCCUUCUUCGGCUUAGCUGCGAGCACCUCUUCAGGCAAGCCGACCACGCGCUAG